AACUCCUCAUUGUGGUUGGGAAUGUCUUCGUGGGAAAAAAAUUCCUACACCUUCGAAACAACCGUGAGCUAAGGUGCAUGUCGACCACAGCAACUUGUUAACGACUAUAAUGGUCUCUGACUCGUUGAAUUUAUAUAUACGUACCCCUGCUGCAGGUUUAGUUCAGUGUUGCACUCUGCUUCGAAUGCAUGGACCAUCAGUGAAAUUAGAAGCGAGUGACAGUGUAAAAGAACUUUGCCGGAAGUAUCGUAUAUUUUUUUAAGGAAAUAAUCAUCAUCAGUUAAGAAGAAAAGGAGAUAAAAGUGAAUGCAAGAAAAUAGUCAUCAAUAUAGUGACGACUUGCCAAUAAGUGCCGUGCAGAGUCAAGCUGUACGUAAAUGGUUGUGAAUUUGUAUUGUCAAGUCCUUGAAUACCCAAUUGCAAGGUGACACUUUACCAUUUUAUUGACUGGCCGACCACACCGGCGAGAGAGAGAGAUAAUAUUAAUUCGAUUGGAUAUUUCGUCCAAAAAAGCAGGUCUUUUACCUGUACGAAAACCGGCCCAUGCAUGUUUAGCAUCGUGGUUCGACAUUUCAUCAGACUCGCACAGCCAACUGCUUUUGUUCCUCCGUCGCAUAAGUGAAUUUCAUUAUUGUCGUGCCUUGCAAAAGUGCCCUCUCUAUUUCAUACAACUGCGAAAAUUUGUGUCAUUCAGUGCGAAAUUAUGUAAAUUGUUUGGAUCUUAAAAUAAAUUAGAGAAAGCCAAGCCAUGCAUGAAUUUGCUAGCCGAGAUCCGGACGAUGACUCAUGUAUCCUGUGUUCAAAAGAAUGGGCCUCAUUAUUACUCCCACAGCAGAAGGAGUGCACAGGAGGACGAAUGGAUAACGAUCGUUUAGUCGGUAAUAAUUACGACGAUUGCGAAUCUUCCGUCCAGACAACAGGAAGUUGUUGGUCUUCGCAUGGUGAACUUUUUACUUCGUCUCCUUCGCCCUCAUCGUCACCCCAGCAGCCGCAUCAACUCAAUAAUAAUGUGAGGGAGGUGGCUGAACGUGAAGAUGAGAAAGGACUCAUCAACCUGAACCAGAACUACCUCAAUAAAAAUAAUACAAUGACUUUACCCAGAAGGGGGAGAACUAGUUUAAGAAGGAAAAAUGAUAUGAAUACAUCAUCCUCCGGCCCAAGAAUAAUUACUCAGCAGCAUCACCUAUUAUGCUCAUCAAAGCAACUAAUUCUACUCUUUAUCGUAACCUCUUUCCUUAUUAGCAUAUCAACCUCGUCCGAAAUAGCGUCCACUCAACCACAACAACAGAGCACUAACAAUGUCAAUAAUAAUCUCAACUCAAGUCCGGUGGGGAGUGGUGGGGGAAAUGCAAGUGGGAGGAAUAUCAACAGUGGGCUUUUUAAUGCAAAUACUUUUGGGUCCUCCUCCCCCGGUGGUGGGAGUAACAGCUUCUCGUCCACUUCCUACUCUGGGGGUGGUGGGAGUGGGGGUGGAAGUCAGACUUCGUCCACCUACGACUCGACCAACUCCAGACCCACAGCUUACUUCAUUGCCGGAUUGGCAAGUCAGAUAAGGAAAAUCAAUUCGACAGCCAUGAUGCUGCUCACGAGGGACAAACCCUUCCAACUUCAAUUUAGGACCGUUUGCCCCUUUGGGAAUAUUGUUUAUGACGACAAAUUCGCCAUCAGCAUAAACAGCGGAGGGAACAUGACAUAUACAACAAAGCCGAGUGAAUUUCCAUCAUCAAUCUCACACCACAGCGUGGCUGAUGGCCGUUGGCACUCGAUAAGUUUUGCUGGAGACAUGAUAUUCUUGGAUGAUCACGACGACUCGGAAUCCAGAUAUUCAGAGGCCACAGUCUCCACCCCCGUAAUUCAUUGGGAUACAAAUUCAUCAAGCACAGAAGUCGAUCAAAGUUCAAGGCUUAACCACAUGUUUCACUUUUUUGACGGAUUUGUGGGCUGUAUUCGUGUUCACGCCCCCACCCACGAUCAUGCAAAUGGUGGAAGGAGACAGCAAAGUGUUCAAAGUCACGAAGAAAACUAUUUCACUCCAGAAAGCCCGUCUGAACACCAAGUUGUAUCACUUCAUGAUUUGUUUCAAUUACGAACCCCGUUUGUUCCCUGCAAUGAUACGGAUGUAGAAUUAAACUCGGUCCACUCUUGCUUCAAUCCUGACACUUUUGUCCUCUGCAGCAAGUGUCAAAAUGGUGCAAGUUGUCGUCCAGAUACAACAGACAAUCCUAUGAACAACAACUGUGAAUGUCCUCCAAAUACCGAGGAGGUGGAAUAUAUUGGGAAAUAUUGCGAAUAUCCACCUCUAGCAGGAACAAUGCACGAGGAACUCCCGAGACACUCAUCGUCAGAAACUGAGUUCAUCACCGAUCUUUCUGAGGGUGAUAUGAAUAUGCCACUGUCAUCCCCGUCUAACAUUGAUUCAUCUUCAGCCAAUUCUAGUCACCUUGACUUAUCAUCCUCCACAAGACUAGAUGUUUCAUCGGCUAACCAUGCAGAACAGCAAACAACGACGACGACGACGACAGAACCACCGCCACCAGAGUAUCCAUUUCUGCUGGCUGGUUCUGACUGCCCAUGCAAUCAUGGAGGAGAAUGUGUAGCAAGUGUUGCCACGGCUGGUCAGCAUUAUUGCAACUGCACUAUGACAGGUUAUCAAGGACAGUAUUGUGACACUGAUGUGGACGAAUGUUUGAAAUUCCCUGGAAUUUGCAAUAACGGUAUUUGUCAAAAUCUAAGCCCCCACUUUGAAUGUUUCUGCAGACCUGGAUGGACUGGAAAAACUUGCUCAAAAAAUUACGACGAGUGCCUGAUUCAGCCCUGCAAAAAUGGUGCAAAAUGCUUUGAUUUGGUGGACAAUUAUCGAUGCGAAUGUGUAAAUGGCUAUCGAGGAACGGAUUGCGAUGAGGAAAUUAAUGAAUGCGAAUCCAAUCCAUGCCAAAAUAACGCGGUUUGUGAGGAUCGUCUUGCAGAUUUUGAGUGCAAAUGCCCAGCAGGUUUUGAAGGGAAAUUAUGCGAAUUUAACAUAGAUGAAUGCCUCUCAAUACCGUGCCAACAUUCUGGCCGUUGCAUGGAUAAAAUUAAUGGGUUCGAGUGCGAUUGCACUGAUACCGGAUUCAGCGGUGACGUGUGUCAGGAUAACGUUGACGAUUGUACAAUCGAUUCGUGCCAGCAUAAUGCAACAUGCAUCGAUUUAAUAAAAGACUUCAAGUGCGAAUGUCAUGCCGGAUUCUCGGGAAAAAGAUGCGACAAUGAUGUUAAUGAAUGCUUGGAUGCACCAUGUUUACAUGGACAAUGUUUCGAAAAAUCAAACCAGAGCUUGUAUGAGCACGACGUUGAUGAAGGCAUCCGAAAAUUACUUCCAGACACAUUCAAUUACGAGACCACAGCCGGAUAUGUGUGUUUGUGUGACCCAGGAUUUUCCGGUGUAAACUGUCAAAUUGAUAUUGAUGAAUGUGCAUUGCAAAUUAGUCCGUGUGGACGAAAUGGGAAUUGUAUCGACUUAAUCAACGACUGGAAAUGCCAAUGCAAUGCUGGGUUUACUGGACAAAAGUGUGAAUCUGAAAUAAAUGAGUGUGAGAGUAAUCCAUGCGUCCGAGGAGAAUGCCACGAUCUGAUUGGAAAGUUUGAAUGCGUGUGUCCACCAGAUUGGGGCGGAACGAAUUGUGGCGUUCUUCUAACUGGUUGUGUUAGAGAUCCAUGUGAUAAAGUAGGCUUUGCGAAAUGCCAUGCCUUUUACGACGAGGCCACAAAUAACCACACAUUUGAAUGCGAGUGCAGAGAAGGAUACACAGGAAAAACUUGUAGUCUGAAUACAGUCAUGUCAUUUAAUGGCACGGGCCCUAUCGAAGUUACUAACAAUGAUCGAAACUACGAAAAUGGAAACUAUGAACUGCUGUUUAAAUUCAGAACAACGCUUCCCGAUGUACUUCUUAUAGUCGGGUCGGGAAUUACGUACUUCUACUUGACUCUGUCUGGAGGAAAGCUGAAUCUACAGUCCUCACUUCUGAAUAGCCUGGAAGGCAUCUCGGUCGGUCAGAAUCUAAGUAACGCAGAAUUACAUAAAGUUUGGAUUUCCGUGAAUUCGACCCACAUUGCCCUUGCAGCGGACAGUCAGCAAACAUUUUAUCCUAUUCAAACCGAAGAUGUUCACACUGGAUUUAAUCUGACCUACAUCGGAGGAGGCAUGACAAAUGCAUUUGUCAACAAUCCAACCAAAAAAGUGAUAAAAAGUCAGUUUAUAGGCUGCAUGCAAGAUAUUGUCAUCAAUGGAGAAAGUGAGCGUGUCAUUCCGGAUUCAGAUUAUUUGAACUCUUCGAAUAUUGAAGUCGGAUGUAAAAGGACUGACCAAUGCAAACCUAUCAAUCCGUGCCAAAAUUCUGGUAACUGUACGGAUUUAUGGCAAAAUUUUACAUGCAAAUGCCUUAGACCAUAUUUGGGUGACCGAUGUCAACAUGAAUAUAUUGCUGCGACAUUUCAACAUGAACGCCAAAAUAACUCGCUCGUAACGGUCGAAAUUGCUCCAGAAAUUGGGAAUAAAUUCGUGAGCACAUUUGACAUUUCCAUGUUUAUUCGGACGCGGAAGCGGAAUGGAACAAUUUUUCUGCUUGGAAAUGAAGUGAACGGAAACUACACUGUUUAUUUGGAGGCAGAAGUUGGGGAGGUUGGAAACCUUGUCGUCCAUGCAAGAUGGUCUGAUGUUCCAGAGGAUCCAAACAGCAAAUUAGAAGUGUACGCAGUGGAUGGGUUGCAAAUCACGGAUGGGUCACCUCAUCUCGUCUCUAUUCAACGGGAGAAAGGUCUUGUGAAAAUUAGCGUCAACGGGACUGAGCAUUUCCGAAAAAGUGUGGGUAACCGAAUCACGUUUAUCCCAUCCAAGUUAUACAUUGGAGGAAAACCAGGAAAUCCUGAAAGUGCACUGAGCAACACCAAUCACAUUGAGUCCAGAGUGACAAGAAGCUUAGGGGAAGAUGGUGCUUCUGACGAUUCUGUAGUGUCGGAAGACUCAACAGACAUUCCAGACACUUCAAUAUCGGAGAUUGGGGGAGAAAUUAGGGCAUUACCAUCAUCGUCAUCUCAGGAGAUGGUUCACAAAGUAAUUGAGGAUAGCGUAGAAGUUCUUGUCGUAAACAACCCAUUCAAGGGGGUAAUCCAGGACGUGCGAGUCAACUUUAGUUCUAAUGAAGCAACCCCAAUGGUUCUUAGCCAUAGUCAUCUCCAACAGCAUGCAAAAAUCCAAAAUCAUUUCGUAGUAGAAUUCUAUCCAUUGGAAAUCAAUUCGACUUAUGCAAUGGGUGAGCCUUUGGGUUCAGUGGCGAAGCAGCAUCUUUUACAAGGGGUUGUUUCUGAUGAUGCCUGCAAAGUCAACAAAUGCUUAAACGGAGGAACAUGUGAAGUCACUUGGAAUGACUUUAAGUGCAACUGUGCUGAGGGGUACGCUUUCCGAUUGUGUGAAUUCAAACUACCUUGUGCGAUCAUGAAAUGUCCAGAAGGCAGCACCUGCCAGAACAUUGGAUGGCAAGGGUUUGAAUGUGUGUCUGAAGUCGCAUUUCAAGGCACCGGAGACGUUUCACCUCAUUAUCAUCUCAUGUCCACCGAGCUUGAAAAUGUCACCGUCUCAUCAGUCUCAUUUCGUUUCCGAAGCAAAACUCCAGGAAACGUAUUGUAUGUUGCAAACGGUUCUCAGUCUUUCCGCAUUGGACUCGAGGAAGAAGUGGAUGCUCAAAACCAGUCAAUUGAUGCUGUUGCUCUCUACAUCGACGGAGUACGACACUACGGAAAAGUUAGAGGCAUUCUUGACGGGCGAUGGCACAAUGUUUCAAUGAAGCUGAUGCUAGGCGAGAAGGACACGUUGCAUUUGCUCGUCGAUUCCAAGGACGUCAAACUGCAUCCAUUAGUUGAAAUGGGUUCCAUACCGCAGGAAUUUCUAAACGAUCUCAUCAAACCACCAACUGCAGAAAUUGUUGUUGGAAGCCAUGUGGAACACAGAGAUCGUUAUAAUGUAGAUCAUUCGGAAAUGUUUAAUGGUAACAAUCACGUUGGCCAUCCUGAAGAUGCGCAUAAUCAAUUUUACCGAGGAUGCUUGGAUGAUAUCCGACUCGGCGAAUACAGACUGCCUUUUGUCAGUCCAGAUCAACUGAAAGGAAUCAACGAUAACCUCACUUUGGCCACGACAACCGCUCCAACUGCUUUUUACAUUGUUGAAUCCAGUCUUCAAAUGAAUAAUCUUACACUUGGUUGUAUAGUGUGUUAUGAAAGUGAAUGCCAAAAUGGCGGACACUGCACUCAGCCCCAAGAAUCGUUCGAAUGUACUUGUGCUAGCGGUUUUGAUGGCUCUCGAUGUCAGACAAAUAUUAACGAUUGUGACACAAUUAGUGAUUGCAAGAACAACGCGGUGUGUGUUGACGGCAUUGCGAAUUAUACAUGCACAUGCCCCCCAGGUUGGGAUGGAUGGAAAUGUGACAUUAAUAUCGACGAAUGCAACCCACCUAGCGGAGUUGAGCCUUGCAACACUGUUGAUAAACAGGCAACCUGCAUUGAUGCAAUCAACGCAUAUACUUGUGUAUGCUCGGAAGAAUAUUUAGUCCCAAAUUGUGAGAAGCGAAAAAGGUCUUCAUGCCGAGAUGAUCCCUGUAAAAAUGGAGCAACGUGCCAUGACAGAGCUGCGCAUUAUUCAACCGAUGUUACCUUUGAAUGUCUGUGUGCUCCAGGAUGGGAAGGAGAUACAUGUUCUACUCAAAUUGAUUACUGCAAAAACGUUCGAUGUGUUAACGGCGGGACUUGUGUCAAUAAGCUCUUGGGGUAUGAGUGCUCGUGCAUCCCAGGGUAUUCGUCAAUUCAUUGCGAAAUUAAUAUCAAUGACUGUCUCGGACAACCGUGCAAAAACAAUGGAACAUGUGAAGACUUGGUCAAUGCUUUUCAAUGUCAUUGCGAGCACACUGGUUAUGACGGUUCAUUUUGUGAAGAGGACCUCGAUGAAUGUGAAAUGCCACGAAUUUGUCCCGUCGCCCAAGUAUGUCACAACUUGCCAGGAACGUAUGCCUGUCUCUGCCCUGACAACUCCAUGUGCGGCGAGUACUGCAAUAUAUUGAAUCCCUGUUAUAAUCAAACCUGUCACAAUGGUGGAGAAUGCAAAUCUGUCUGCUAUGAUGAAUAUAAUACUGACUGGAAUUGCGAAUGCAUCGGAAACUAUGAUGGGAAAUAUUGUGAACUCCUCACAAUGGCUCAACCCGAUCGUCAAAUCGACAUCUUACUAAUAAUCAUCCCAGUGAUCGCUGCAAUCCUGAUCGCAGCCACAAUUGGUGUUGUAAUAUUAGUUAGGAUGGCACGGCAAAAACGCGCAACGAGAGGCGUCUACUCUCCAUCUCAGCAGGAAUAUUGCAACCCAAGGGUGGAACUGGACAACGUUAUGAAGCCCCCACCGGAAGAGAGACUCAUUUAGGAAUUAAUUUAUCUAGGUUUUUCAAUUUAAUUUAGUACUCUCGUUAUCAUAAAUAAAUCAAGCGUACAACAAUGUAGACUCCGUACAAAUAUUACAAGAGGCAUUCCUAGUAGGAAUUUCCUAUACACCAAAGCUUUAAAAUAACAGAAUAUUCUUUCUUAAUUAGAUAAUACUAGGGGCAAGACGAGAGAGGAUUGAUUAAUUUCUCUUGAUGUGCGUGAUACAUUUAUAAAUAAUAUGAUUGAAACAGCUCGCCUUAUCAAUGAGCCUUAUGGCGUUUGGCUAAAAUAUUUUCAUAACUUGCGAUAAAUAAGUAAGCUAUCUGUACUGGACAAUCUCACUAAAAUACAAUAUAUUUACUAGUUUUUUUUAGAUAUCUUGUAAAGUAGAGUAAUAUUUUUUAACGAUAAAUGUAGACCCAAGUCUACCUCAAGCUGUUGCAUUUUAUACACAGAAACCAAUUUUUCAGUAUUUGUUGUAUCCGUUUAACGUGGUCUAACAUUAAGUCGCAAGUUUUGUGCCUGUAGUGCCAUACAUUGUAUUUUAUCUUAUCUACGUGCAUUAAAGAAGGUUUCGUUAGAUGAAAAUAUUACAUAAAUCGAGUUGUAAAACUUAUAUAUUAUUGGAGAGCGGGUGAGCAAUGGAAAAUAUGAAAAUGGAAAAAGUAUGUUUUUAAAAGAAAUAUCAGACAGUAUGAAUUAUGCAUUUUGUGUUUUGAUAUGUUUGACAUGACCACAGUCUAUAUGAAGACAUUAAAAUAAGUUAAAUUAUUUUUAUGUGUAUUUUCUACGACGAAUCGAAAACGAAUAAUAAAUUUUAUGACUGACAUUUAUGAAAUUAG